AUGAUCGAUACCGAUGAAAAUUUAUCUGAUGGCUUGACAAUCAAAGAUUUAUUUCAAAACCAUGAUGGCUUAACUUAUAACGAUUUUAUUGUUUUACCUGGUUAUAUCGAUUUCUCAUCAGAUAAUGUCUCACUCACGUCAAAACUUACGAAAACGAUUACAAUUCAAACACCAUUUGUAUCAAGUCCCAUGGACACCGUCUCCGAAUCGAACAUGGCUAUUGCAAUGGCACUCAAUGGAGGAAUUGGCAUUAUUCAUCAUAAUUGUUCGAUAGAAUAUCAAGUUGGUGAAAUACGACGAGUCAAACGUUAUGAACAAGGCUUUAUAACAGAUCCAUUGGUGUUAUCGCCAACACAUACAGUAGCAGAUAUUUAUGCAAUCAAAAACACUCAUGGAUUUUCUGGCAUUCCUGUAACGGAAAAUGGAAAAAUUAAUAGCAAAUUACUAGGUCUAAUCACAUUUCGUGAUAUUGACUUUAUCAAUAAAGAUCAAUGGUCAAUAACGCCAGUUAGUCAAGUGAUGACUCCAGUCGACGAGCUGAUCACAGCAAAAAAUGAUCUCACUCUCCGAGAUGCGUAUUUAAUUUUACAACGCAGUAAAAAAGGAAAACUACCAAUUAUAGACUCGAAUGGUAACCUUGUAUCAUUAAUAGCUCGUACGGAUUUAGAAAAGAAUCGUGAUUAUCCAUUAGCAUCGAAAGACAAACACCGACAAUUACUAUGUGGAGCUGCCAUUGGCACGCGAAAAGAAGACGAGAAACGUCUCGAAGCUCUCGCUCAAGCAGGUGUCGACGUUGUUGUACUUGAUUCUUCCCAAGGAAACUCCAUCUAUCAAAUUGAAAUGAUCAAAUAUAUUAAAAAAACUUUUCCAAAUUUACAAGUGAUUGCUGGAAAUGUUGUGACACGGGCACAAGCUAGAAGUUUAAUUGAUGCGGGCGCUGAUGCACUACGAGUGGGUAUGGGAAGUGGGUCGAUUUGUAUUACACAAGAAGUCAUGGCUGUGGGACGAGCACAAGCAACAGCAGUCUAUAAAGUAGCAGAAUACGCUCGUCGAUUUGGUGUGCCGGUUAUUGCUGAUGGUGGAAUUUCAUGUGUAGGACAUAUUGUGAAAGCCUUAACGCUGGGAGCUGAUUGUGUGAUGAUGGGAUCAUUAUUAGCUGGUACGCAUGAAGCACCAGGAGAAUAUUAUUAUCAAGACGGUGUUCGACUAAAGAAAUAUCGUGGUAUGGGAAGUCUCGACGCGAUGAAUGCCUGUCAGGAAUUAUCUGCCGCAAGCCGGUACUAUUCCGAAGCAGACCAUGUGAAAGUUGCCCAAGGUGUAUCUGGUAGUGUUGUCGACAAAGGCAGUGUUCAUCGAUUCAUUGGCGGUUAUCUAUACACAGGUGUACAGAAAUCUCUGCAAGAUAUUGGCUGCCAGUCGCUAAUGCAAUUACACGAAGAAUCAACCAAAGGCCUAAUUCGAGUUGAGAAACGUACAGCUUCAGCACAAGUUGAAGGUGGUGUACACAAUUUACAUUCAUUUGAAAAACGCCUUUUCUAA